AUGGGCUGGCUGUGGGGAUCAAGUCCUAAGAAUACCUCCAAGGACACACCAAAGGAGAUUCCACCCACAAUUCCUGCGGAACCGGAAAAACAGAAUGCGCCAGCGCCACCGAAGACCUUGACCCCCGACGAACAAGCCGACUUGGAGUUCAGUGCGAUUCUGGCCGAUCUCAGGGCUCAAGAUGCCGCUCUCUCAAAUAAACCAGGGCUCAACCCUGAUGGCAGUCCGGCGCCAGGAUCAGAAAUCCCUUCAUCGCCCAUCGCACCCGAAUCCCUCUACGCGGACACCAUGUCCUGCCGCAAUGCCUUUGACUACGCCUUCUUCUGCCAGUCCUUUGGUGGCCAAUUUGUGAAUGUUUAUCGAUAUGGAGAACUUCGGUCCUGCAGUGACCAUUGGGACAAUCUCUGGCUGUGUAUGAAGACCCGCACUUGGCCGGAAGAUCUCCGCAAGAGGGAGAUCCGAGACCACAACCGAAAAAAGGCGAUCAAGUACAAGACAGGCCCCAGUAGUGAGGAUGUCUGGGAUGUACGGCUGGAGCCAGCUAAGGACUCUUUCAAGGGAGACUUUGCUGCACUGUGGGAGGAAAUAAAGGCCGAAGAGAAAGCAGCGAAGCAACAGUCCUCAUGA